UUAAGCAGUGUCGUUUUACUGCUUCGAUGCAUGCGCGCGCACGCACACACGGCAACACCGUAAAGACGCACGCCGACCGAUCCGCAGUGCUUGCUUCUCACGAGCUUCAUUUCAGCCGCCACUCGGCCACCCAUGCACGAGACUCCCACGGCGCACGAGAAGGAACACGGCACGUGGCUCGCAAAACGGUUCGGCGCUUCUCCGUCACCGCGGGGAUCUCAGCAGCACAGAGCUCUAUAACUGGUAGAGAAGCGCAGGCAUCGUGACGAUGAACUCCAGCGCAGCUCGCAAUGGGACCGGUCCCUGCUCAAUGGACGACUCCUACAAGUACCCCAUCUACUCGGCCGUCUAUGGCAUCGUCUGCAUCAUCGGGAUGAUGGGCAACACCAUCGCGCUCUACGUCUUCCUGUGCCUCACGCGAACCAAGAGUGCCAGCACCAUCUACCUCAUCAACCUGGCCCUCGCCGACAUGUUCUUCGUGCUGACGCUGCCGCUGCGCGUCGUCUACUAUGUGCGCGACGGCGACUGGCCGUUCGGGGACGCGAUGUGCCGCAUCAGCUCAUUCGCCUUCUACGCCAACCUGUACAGCAGCAUCUUCUUCCUCACCGGCCUCAGCGUGACUCGCUACCUGGCCGUGGUUCACCCCGUGCGCUCGCUCAAGGCCAUCACGGCGGGGCGCGCGGUCAUCGCCUGCGUGUCCAUUUGGGUCUUCGUGACCCUGGUCACCUCCCCGUUCCUUCUCAGCGGCCAGCACGUCUUAUCAAGCGGGAGGACCCUGUGCUUCGAGAGCUCGGGCAGCAGCCUGAAAAUGAUUUUUGCCAUGAACUACGUCGCCCUGGUGGUCGGAGUCCUCAUCCCGUUCGCGAUCAUCGUCGUCUGCUACGCGGCCAUCGCCCGGACGCUGAUGAAGACCCCGGAAGGCCAGCGCAGGGACUCGAACGUGCGGAAGCGCGCGGUGCGCAUGAUCGUGCUGGUGCUCACGGUGUUCGUGGUCUGCUUCAUCCCGUACCACGUGCAGCGCACGCUGCUGCUGCACCACCUGGUCAGCCGCCACAGCAGCUGCGACACGAAGCUCUACCUGCAGAAGUCGGUGGUGGCCACCGUCUGCUUCACCGCCUUCAACAGCUGCCUCGACCCGCUCAUCUACUUCUUCGUCGGCGAGAAGUUCCGCCAGAGGGUUACGGAUGCCAUCAAUAGGCGAUCCCGACGGAGCUCCUCGAACAGCUCCCUUCGGUCCAGAGAUUCCCUGCAGCCCAAGAACUCGGUCAAGUUGCAGAUGCAGUCGCUGGACAGAUCGGCCGAGGCGACUGGCAACAGUUCUCACGAGGUUGACGAGUGACAUAUCAGCAAGGGUCUUCCGGGCGGUCUUAUAUGUCCUUCGCACCCCCCCCCCCCCUCCGUACCUCUGAUUAGCACGGUUGGCUACGUACGGUGCGAAAGAAGUUUAACAUACAUACGUACAUACAUCGCCAACAUUUUCACAUAUUACUAAGAACCCCCCCCCCCCCGCGCCGCCUCCACCCCGACCCAUUACCACGCAAUUUUUUGUAGUAAAAAAUUCAUGGUAUUAUGGGAGAUGCGGCGAAUGAUGUUGGAAUUGUCAGUUGGGGGUGGACUAGGUACUUGGGAAUAUCGAGGUUACAGUGAGGGAAAAAAGUAUUUGAUCCCCUGCUGAUUUUGUAUGUUUGCCCACUGACAAAGAAAUUAUCAGUUUAUAAUUUUAAUGGUAGGUUUAUUUGAACAGUGAGAGACAGA